ACUCUCUUUCUCUGUGUGUUGUUUAAGUUCUUAGUUUUUCAAUCUUGAAAGUUAGCUAUGGUGGAUCAUCAAAUCGUGUGCUGCAUGUGCGGUGACGUUGGUUUUUCUGACAAACUUUUCCGAUGCAACAAAUGUCGCCACCGAUUCCAACACUCGUAUUGCAGUAACUUGUAUGGAGAACAAAGUGAGAUUGAAGAGUGUGAUUGGUGCCAAAGCAAAGGUAAAACUAGUGCUGGCUCCAAGAAACCGGCCGUGAGAGUAGCGAUCAACAACGGUGGUUCCGGAGAUAAGAUAUUGAAGCAGCACCGUGAUGAGAAGAGGAAGAGUCCGAUGGCGUCACCGAGACAAGCAACACGGAGGUAUAAGCUUCUCAAAGACGUAAUGUGUUGAACAGAUCCAUCAUAAAAAAAAAAGAACACUUGUCCAAUGUAUGUAUAUACGUAACAGUACUAUUUCUCUAUAUGUAUCGGUUUAACCCUAACUAGCUGCAGUUUCAGUUCUUGUUCUUUUGAAUCUUGUAGUAGUUGUUGCUUGUGGCACAAAAAAAGGUUUGAUGAUAAGGCAUUAGCUUCCACUUUGACUCUUUUGACCAUUUUAUUGGAAACCACUUUUUGGUAAAGCCAAAUCAUAUUCAUUUUCUCUUCUUA